UGGGCUUACAUAUGAAUGUAUGAAGAAGUAAUUGGCGAUUUUUUAGAAUUAGUUGUCUAUUUUUCCCUACACGCAGAUUUUUUAUUGGCCUUGAAUCUUAUCUACUUCUUGCCCGCUCGUAUAAAUUUUAGCUUAGCACCGAGCCCUGGGUUCGAUCCCUCGACCUUUCUCUUGCAGCUGAAGCCUUUCGAUGCCUUGACCCACACGACUACGGCGGACAAGAAGAGAAAAAAAAUAAAAAUGUCAAAAAUAAUAUUUUUAUUAUCAAUUUUACUAUUUAUCGGCAUCUAUAUCAAUACAGUUGAAGGAUGCAAAGGCGGCUGGUGUCAUCCGCAUCAAGGUUACAAGUGCUGCGCGGGUCAUUCAUGUGAUAACUACUAUUUUCAAGGUACUUGUCAAGAUAGUGCAUUUUUUGACUCACCACGACGUUAACAAAAAAUAUGGAAAACAAAUAGCCCUGCGAAUCAGCUCUGAAAUUUCCCGCUGUCAUUGACUUGUACCCAAAAACUCAUUGCCCGACUUCAAAAUUUAGUCCGAUCUUUACACUCUACAUCAUCUUAGUAACCACUUCCAACAAUUGAUCUGAAAAUAAUUGCGAAUGAUUCCUCGGAGCUCGAAACGUUGGUUUUCAUUGAUAAUUCAAAAAUCAAUCACUUUCAAAAGUUCGACCAGAGUCAGUAAUUUUUUUUAUUAUCUAUUUUCAUAGCGAAAAAUUGCAAAAUUGGUAAACAAAAUGAACACACGAUUUUUUUUGUCCGUACGUAUUUAUGGGAAUUUUAAAUAUAAAGUAAACAGGUUUAAUAAAACUUUAAUGUAUAUAUUUAAAAUAAAUAAAUGCUAUGUAAUAUAGUAAUUAAA